UUUUAGAACAAUAAAGAAUAAAUGAAGGCAUAAUAACUGUGGAUGGGUAUGGGUAUGAUGGGGGGGGGGCAAAAUGGGUUAAAAAUGUCAAUGAUGGAGGUGAAGAGUGAAGGGACCACGACCUCUGCUGCCACAUAACACUCCUCACGUCUCAGGCUUAAAGCUGUUUACUGGAUUACAAAAUACUGUAUAUACAGUACCAUGGCUGAGAAAUCGACAUGCCUAACAAAUGAGGAGGCAGUUGCUUGUUGUGCUGAACCAGAUGAAGCAACAAAAGACUUCAUCUUCCAGCAAACAAUGUUUCGCAUCAAAGAUCCUAAAGCCUCCUUGGACUUCUACACUCGAGUAUUAGGCAUGCACCUCCUGAAAAAGCUAGAUUUUCCAUCCAUGAAAUUUUCUCUAUAUUUUAUGGGCUUUGAAUUGGCUAAAGACAUUCCACAGGAUGAAGAUGAGAGAACAAAAUGGUGCUUUUCACAAAAGGCUACCCUGGAGCUCACACACAACUGGGGUACAGAAUCUGAUCCAAAAUUUUCUGGAUAUCACAAUGGUAAUUCAGACCCAAGAGGCUUCGGUCACAUUGGAAUCAUGGUUCCAGAUGUACAAAAAGCAUGCGAGAGGUUUGAAUCUCUUGGAGUAAAAUUUGUGAAGAAGCCAAAUGAAGGUAAGUUUAUUAGUAAUAAUGUGAGGGAUUCAGGGAGGAAACUGCAAAGGGAUUUGCAUAACUGAGGACCCUUGUAAGAU